AAAAUUGCUUCCGGGUCUGCCCUCACGAAGAAACCGUCGCAGCCACGUCGGGGCUGUUGACUGGACUCUGAGCUUGGCCGUCUCGACAUACUAGCUAGUAAUCUGUCCUAAGCCACCGGGCUCACACUUGUUAGCCUUCCCCGAGCUCCAUUCCUGAAACAUCCAUUUGAGAAUGGAAGAUCAACCGCGACCUGGCUUCAGUCGGGUUGGCCCUCACAGAACAUCUCACAAAGUCAAACGGGCGGAAAAGCUCAAGCCAAAGCCAUAUGAGAGACCCAACACAUCAACUCGUGGGCUUGGUUGGGCAAAUAGAAAGGCGGUCGGGGGCGGGAGCAAACUCCAGGCCAACAAUGGUCAUGAGCUGCGUCGUUCGACCAGUUUUGUAGACUCCAUUCGCGCUAUCGUUACAAAACCCCUUUCAUGGCUCACUGGGGCUGCAAAGUCAACUAUGAAUGGAGUCAAGUCGACGUCACGUACAAACCUCGGCUCUGAUCAUGGCGACACAAGUGUGCGCAAUGCUCUAAGUAUGAAUACCUCCUCUCAGGGGAAAGGGGGGCCAAAUGUCUCAAGAAUGAAGCUAGAUAUCAAAUCGAAGCGUAGGACAUCACCUAGCCAAGAUAACGGUUCGCUUGAUGAUGAGUUUAUGCGGUCACCCAAGAAACCACGUCGCACGAGCCCUACAUUGACGCCUCAUAUUAUGAACGGGGGGAUGCAGACACUACGGUCAUCCAUAUCAGCCCCCUUCCUCUCUUCCACUUUGUAUCCCUCUCAUUUUUCAAUGCCUCUCAUCCCGAUCCCUCCGUCACCAAACCCUGGCACACAAUCCUCCAGGACUUCGCCUGCACGCCCAUAUGUCAGGGCAGAUUCAGUCCACUCGAAUCAAGACGCAUCAUUCCCUAAACCAAGAUCCUCUUUGGCUGCCGAUGAUCAGCGAAUGCGCACUACGUCUCCUUAUCGAUCGACUCCUCUCGGGAGUCCGACUAGGCGCACAGUAGAUGGACUUGGGGGUUUUGCCAUACCCGCAUCUGAGAAAGAGGGCCCCAGAGGAAUUUCUAAGAAUAGAAGCUUCGUGAAUCCGGUUGAAGGUUCUGGGCAUGCAGUCUUCGGUGGUAUUAAUGGUGUGACGAAUUUCCCAAUGGGACCCUCUCGCAGCUUACUUCUGUCCCACGGGUUUCGGGGGCUCGGGCUGAUCCUUCGCCUGAGCGGGACGCCACUGAUAAGAUAUUUCAGGCUCUAGAAGAGGCUCUCCCGUGGUCCAGUGCUCGUAAGCUUCGAAGGGAUCAGCGGGCUGCCGUUCGUAUUCCCUCAUCAUCCGGUCCCAAGAUUUCCAGGAGAGCGAGUCGAAUGAUUCGCUCUUACGGGAGGGAUAGUAGCAAGGUGGAUG